UCAUUACAAUUACAUGUCACUAGUCAUAAUUUAUUAAGUCACUGUGAACUAUUGUGAUUCGUAACUAUCAUUAUGAACCAUACAUUGAUAAUGAGUCAAACAAACCUAAUGUAUAUUCGAGAAACACAAAGCUAGCAGAAUUAAUUAAGUCUUAUCAUCAUAAUCAUUAUUUCAUGCCACAUAUUGAUUGCAAAUCAAAUCAUCACUUUAAAAGUUUAAAUCUAUAAUAUAUCAUAAACAAUUUUCCCAAGUUACACAUCAUCAUUUUAAAUUUACUCACUUCCUAUGCAUUAACGUCAACACCUUCUACAACCAAUCAAAUUUUCUCGUAACUUUUUUUUCUUCUUCUUGUAGUAUUUGUUUUCUUUGUAGAUAUAACGAUCUAAAUUGAAAGGGAAGUUGAUUUUUAUUUAGUUUUCAGUCACUCAAUUAGAGUGUACCACCAAGUUAUCUUAACGAGAUAAUUUUCUUCCUUCUAAUCAAUUGGUAGGGUUCAAAGCUAGCGACAAUUAGACACUAUCCUAUAGAAGCAACAAUUAAACAAAAAUAAAUAGACCUCUAAAACAUGAAAACCUAAAUUGUAAUUUGUAAGUUGAACUCAAAUAUAUGAGAAACAUGUGUUCAAUGUAUGUUAAAAAGAAACAACAGCUCUAUGUGUAAACAUAAUCACACCCUAUUUGUCACGUACUCAGUCUAUCUCCAUCACUCAUCAAUCACUUCUUAGUAAUGUCCUCUAUAUAACAACUUCUCACGGCAUUUAUCAACUCAAAUGUACUACUAUAUACUAUAUAUAACAACUUCUUACAACAUUUAUCAAAGUGUAGGGCCAUUGCACAUAUCUAAUAUGCUCUCUUUGGUAUAAGAAUAUAUAAUUUUUACCGAUAUCUUCAUUAAUAUUCAUGUUAUUUUACAAAAAAUAGGGAUAAAGAAUCACACCAUAACCAACAUUAUUACUAAGUUCGGAUUACCUCCAUAGAACGGUAGAAGACUAGAAGUAGAUUACACAUGUGAAAUCGAAAUGGCUAAUAGUAGUUACCUCUCUACACUGUUUCAUUCAUCAACCACACCUCUCAAAAGAGAAGAAAAAAAGUUGGAAAAAAGGAAGCCAGUCAGUUACUAGCUUCUUUCAAUUUAUGGUUACUCUGUUGCCUCUACUCUCACCCAAUCCCACCAAUAUCUUCAGUCGGAAAAGCUUUAAUUUAUUACUCUCACAUGCUCUGCUUUGCUCUGUUUCCUUCCUGCCUUAAAGAAACAAACCCUGAUUUCCAUUUCCCCCUCCCUUCCAAACCAUCAUUUCCCCAUUCCAAUGGAGACCACAAAUGGCAUCGUUUCCAAGCUCACCGUCCACCAAAACAAUCCGAUUCUGGUCACGCCGGCGGAGGAGACCAAAACAGGGCUCUACUUCUUGUCCAACCUCGACCAGAACGUUGCCGUGAUCGUCCGCACCAUUUACUGCUACAAACCGGCGGCGAAGGGGAACGAAGACGACCCUGUGGAAGUGAUACGGAAAUCUCUGGCGAGGGUUCUCGUUCAUUACUACCCGCUCGCCGGGAGGCUGGCGAUUGGGCCGGAAGGGAAGCUCGUUGUCGACUGCAAUGGCGAAGGUGCUCUGUUCGUGGAAGCUGAGGCAGAGUGUGGAAUGGAAGAGAUUGGUGAUGUUAGAAGUAACCCUGAUCUCCAAAAUCUUGGCAAGCUGGUCUACGAAGUUCCUGGUGCCGCUGGCAAUGUCCUGAAAAUGCCUCCUCUUGUUGCUCAGGUGACCAAAUUCAAAUGUGGUGGAUUUGUGCUUGGUCUGGCUAUAAACCAUUGCCUAUUCGACGGAAUCGCAGCAAUGGAGUUCGUGAACUCAUGGGGAGAGAUCGCCAGAGGCCUCCCGCUCUCAGUCCCGCCGUUCCUCGACAGAACCAUCCUCAAGUCGCGCAACCCUGCCCAAAUCGACCACGUCCAUGGCGAAUUGCUCGAUGUAGAACUCAAAUUCGAAGACCCAAAAGAAGAAGAAGAUCCCAUGGUCCACAAGUCCUUCCCGUUGACCUUGGAACAACUGGAAACCCUCAAAUCCAAAUCGGCGGCGGGAGGCGGCGACGUGGACCCACUGGCGGAGAAGAAACGCUCCACAUUCGAAGCGCUUUCCGGGUUUGUGUGGAGGGCGCGGACCCAAUCCCUUAACUUCCCGCCCAAUCAACCCACCAAGCUCAUCUUCGCCGUCGACGGUCGAGCCAAGUUCGUCCCUCCUCUGCCCACCGGAUACUUCGGGAACGGAAUCGUGUUCACGAAUUCGAUCUGCGAGGCAGGGGAACUGGUUAAUCAGCCGUUGUCGCGCGCGGCGGGGCUUGUUCGAGAGUCGGUAAGGAUGGUAGACGACGGUUACAUGAGGUCAGCGAUCGAUUACUUUGAGGUUACGAGGGCCAGGCCUUCCAUGGCGGCGACUCUGGUGAUCACGACGUGGUCGAGGCUGGCAUUCGACACGGCGGAUUUCGGAUGGGGCGGGCCGCUUUUCUCCGCGCCGGUGGGGCUUCCGGGGAAGGAAGCGGUUCUGUUUCUGGCGGAUGGGGAAGAGGAAGGGAGGAAGAAGGGGGUGCGUGUGUUUCUCGGGCUGCCGGCGUCGGCGAUGAAGACGUUUGAGAAGUUGGUGACAGAGGUGUGAUUGGAGUCACUUAAUCUUGGCGCUGCAAUACUGCCGAUUUUAACGGUACGGUGUUUAGUGGCGGGAGAAUGUUUAUUAUUAAAUAAUCGAAUUGAACAUUAAGAGCGGUAAAAAUAUAUAGAAUGUGCAUUCUUCACUCGAACCAAAUACGAUUAUUAGUUGUAAUCUGUUAAUAUUUGAAUGUGAAUGUUUAUCAUCGAUGAUAUACUAUUUAUAAUUUUACUUUAUUUUUAUAUUUUGUUAGAAGAAAAUAACACUAGAAAUACAAUUUAAAAUAUAUACCAAAACUCAAAUGAUUGAGGAACAAUAUUUUGUAAUAUAUUUUAAUGUUAUUAAAGUAUUUUUAAAUGUUACUACUUACCUGUUUGAACUAUUAAUUAUUUUGGAUGAAAAACUUUGAAGAAGAUUAACAAAUUAACUAAUAUCAAGGUGGUCAAAAUUUAAUUCUUGGUAAUCUCCAGUUUAUAGCUAUAAUUAACCAAUCACAUAACGAGAUUUAUUCACAUUGUUAAAUAAUAAUAAAAAUUAUGAAUUUCAUAGCUAGAUAUCAAACGGCUAAUUUUUUUAUAAUUAAAUGAGGAGGUGAUCAACAAAAUUGACUAAUUUACCAUGAUUACAUGAAUCCAUCACCACUUUUGGGCUUUUGGUUAAAUUAAUCUCCAACCAGGCCCACCAACAUUCCCCAACCCAAACAUUACAUUGUUGGGCAUCUUUCCUUCCUUACUGGACUAGUUUUGCCGCCCAACCCGUGGGGAAACCUUUUUGCAACUUUGCCGCGUGACCACGCCUUCCCUCCGCAGUCCUCCCCAACAAAACAGGAGCCACAAGAACUCCUACAGAUUUCAAAAAAUUGCUUGAAAAUUCCAGCGAGCGCGAAUCUCUUCCGCAACGAAUUUCCCUCUUCUGCAAGUACGAAUCCAAUGCCGCCGAUGUAUCACAAUCCAGACAGUCUCCUUAGUCGCCAGCCGGUGACGAUCGGAUGUAACAUAUCCACUUACCGCCGCGAGUCGAAGCGAGCUGAGGACAGGCACGGCGACCGGAAGGUCUGCGAAUGGAGGAGUUUUCCCGCUCUAAGGUACGGAUGUAAUUCUGUUCUUUAGAUUACUGAAGGUACAAACAAUUAUGUGGCUCAAUGGUUUACAAGCGUUCUGUGUGUGGUGUGUUUUGGGCCAAGUCUUCGUUGCCUGCAUUAAUGGUGGAAAUGUUAGGUCUACUUGUUGAUUUUAGGAUUUCGUUAUCUUUGUUUUUCAGCGCUUCAUUGCAUCGACCUUCUAUUUAGACCUAAAAAAUGUGAUUUAACUAGCCUGGAUGUUAAUGGAUUGCAUGUUUGUAUUAAUGAGGUAGGCAAGCGAUUCUGUCAUUUCCACUCCAUGUUAGAUAGAUGUUAAUGGAUUGCUGAGGUGAAAUGUGUGGGGGAAGUCGAAGAGAAGUGGCAGUGAGGGACCAGAAAAUUUGUACAUUAGCAUCAUUAUGUCCUCAGGCUUAAUUGGAUUGAAGUAUUCAUUUUUCUUGUGAUUUGGUAGGCAUUGAAUAACGAUAUGGGUCUAAA